AUGAUUUUAUUGGAGAAUCUGGAAGACGUUCCGCGGAUUUUAGAAAAUUCAGUACGUGUAAAUACACACGUACAGCUAAGAGAGAUGGGUGACGCGGUGAUGAAAAUGUUCAUGGGAUUCGGUGCGACCGAUCCCAUGGUUUUGGCCACUAUUUUCCUGGGUGUUGCUGUUGUUAUCAUUGGAUUUAUUCUUGGACGACGUUCUGGUUCUUGCGAGAACACAAGUGAGCCAAAAUCUGAUGGAAAAAUUCAAGAGCCAGAUAACCAGAAGCCAGUCAACACCAACGAUCGCAAUAUCGCCAGUAAUAAACGCACUAAGAAUAAAAAACGUCGUGAGGCUCAGCAAGAAUUUACUCAUUCAUGGGUCGUGGGCACUCUUAAGGGCCACACUGGAUCAGUCUUGGAUAUAAACUUCUCCAGUGACGACAAAUUUCUUGCUAGCUGCGCUGAAGAUUGCAGCUUGUUGCCGAAAGAAACGCUGAAGGACAACGAGGGUGAAGUGGGGAAUGGUUCAGCAAAAUCCUCACCAUCAAGCAGUCAUAGCAGCAAAAAGUCGAGCAAGAAAGAUCCAACAACCAACAGAAAGAAAAAUUCCAGCCGUGUCAACAAAUCAAUGGUCAUCCGAAGCUGCAGCAGUAGUAUAAGCAGUCACAGCAAUAGUAGCAGCAUGGAGUCUGUUUCCUCGAUCAAGGACCAAGCUGCGUUGAGUCGCCGCCAGAAAAAAAACAGACGUGCGAAUCGUGACCAAAAUCAAGUGGACUUGAACGAUUAUCAUCGCUUUCCUUACAAUGAUAAUUGUAUCAAGCCCACAAUUUAUAAUUAUCCUUUCCAAUACACAUCGAUGUACUCGGAGUCGUUUGUUUCGCCUUUGAUGAUAGCACGUGGGAUCCAAAAUCAAGAAAUUGAUUCUGGAAUUCACAAUCACGUGAAUGCCGUGUUUCAAAAAAACAACGCGGCAUAUAGACAUAAUUAUGAUCUAUACAAUAGAUCCCAUUAUAAUUCUGUGCAGUACAGUAAAUAUCGCGAGUGUUUGGAGUAUAUGAGCCAUUCUGCGCUCAUAUCUAAGCUGAAAAGUUUAACCCACCCGACCAACUAUCUGCAGUGUCUGGGUUAUUUAUUCAAGAAAGAUCUCAACAGCAGUAGUGUUUCUUUCCUUCACACGCCUCACUGUGAAUUGAUACAAUUCUUCUACAGCUAUUCGGAAGAAGAUAGAAAAAAAUUCAAUUACAGACAGAGGAAAUAUUUGAAUGUUAAUGCCAAAAUAUUCAUACCCAGUGGGUUGAGUUACAAACCAAAGAGUUGUUCAAGCAUUAGCAACUCGGUUGAAAGUUCUGACUUUGAGUCUGAAAGUUCUUCAGACAGUGAAAAAAAUUCAGAAUCCAGCGAAUCAUCAACGUCGCAUCAGAUGGAUUCUAAUGAAAAAGUCGAUCCGAUGCUGUUGAUUUUGAAUUACUUUGAAAAAUUUAAUAAAAACAAAGAGGAUACCGGUGAACGUGAAUGUGCAAGAUGUACUAAAAAAUUUUACAUCAACCCAUUGACGGAAGUCUAUGUCGUGAAGGAAAAGUGUAUUUAUCAUUGUAAAAGUGAAAUGGAUUUAUCUCCGAUAAGCAACAGCAAAGUUAGAAAAUGUUGUCAAAGGCCAAGAGAUUCGAUGGGUUGCAUGGAAGCUGAUUUUCACGUGUGGACUGGAACCAAGCCAGGUGUAAAUGGUCCUUUCUACGAAUAUAUGUGUGCACAACCUUUAAAAAAUUCAAAAAACAGACAAAUGUUUGACGUGAUAGCUUUGGACUGUGAAAUGUGCAUUACUAGCCAGGGCUUUGAACCCACGAGACUCACAAUUGUGCAAUUAGACGGAUCGAUAGUUUACGACCAGUUCAUAAAACCGGAACAUAAAAUAAUCGAUUACAAUACGCAUUAUUCCGGUAUUCGUGAAGGAGACCUCGUACAUGCAAAAACUCUUCAAAAAGUUCAUCAAGAUUUGAAGAAGUUAAUUCAUGCCGAUACCAUAAUAAUUGGACACGGUUUGGAAAAUGAUCUCAGAAAAUUGAAAAUUUAUCACGAAACUGUACUGGACACAGCAUUUAUUUAUCCACACAAACUUGGGUUCCCGAAUAAGAAGAAGUUAAAAAUUCUCGCGGAAACAGAGUUAAAUCGGACGAUACAAAGUGCGGAACAUUAUGCCUACGAAGACGCAAAAGCAGCAAUGGAUUUGGCCCUUAAUAAAGUUUUGGAAGAUGUGGCGAAACGAAAAUGA